UCAAGGCUGUUUGAGUCAGCUGUCAGAGUAAACUUUGAUAUUGUUUAUUGUGUUGUGACGAGUUGUAUAAUGUGUUGGAAAUAAUCAUUACUUUGGUGCCGGUGAAGAGUAGUAUUUUUAUUUUGCACGUUGCUGGAAUUUUGAGAGUUAAAAACUUUAUUUUGUAAUAGACACAUCUGUUUAUAGGAAUUGAAGAUAUGGCAGUCAAUAAUUCUUCACUUAUUAUUGAAGCUUUAAAAAAACGAAACCUAGAAGAUCUCGAGGCUCUACUUGACGCCAGAAAAGAAGACGUCAAUGUGGUCUGUGACAACGGGCAAACUCCUCUACAGUGUGCCGUGCGUUUACAGUUUGAACAAGGCGUGAGUCUGUUGUUGGCAAGAGGUGCCAACAUCAAUGUGCGUGACGAUAGUAAACAGACACCCUUGCACAACAGCUGCUUCUUUCGAAAUAAAGAUAUGGUCACUCUUCUUCUGGAAAAAGGAGCCAAUUUAAAUUAUAUCGAUGAGAACAGAUUCACUCCUCUGCAUUUGUCAGUGAUAAUGGAUUUCAUAGAAGGCGUUGAAUUGCUGCUUUCCAAAGGAGCUAAGUGGAACACCUACGACAAGGGAGGGAAUACACCUCUACACUAUGCUACUGAAAAUGGGACCCUGCAGAUGGUGGAGAUGCUGGUAAAUAAUGGAGUCGAAUUGGAACUCAAGAACAACAGCGACGAAACGCCAUUGCACGUAGCUGCCAGGUACACUCGUAGGGCUAUCCUUAGAUUGUUGUUACUGGAGGGCGCUGAUGUGAAUGCCCAGGAAGAGACGGAGAGCACACCUUUACAUUUGGUUUUCCAACACAGUGAGACACUGGGCGACAGAGAGAACAAUGUUGUAGAGGAUUUACUCGACUGGGGGGCAUCGCUGAUCAUUAGAGAUGAAAUCAGACGCACCGUUCUACAUCUAGUUGAUAGGGAGUCGAGUCCUGUCGUCGGUUUCAAUAACCACAUUAUUAAAUUGCAGUUUGUUGAUCUAAAACUCGCUUAUAAGAUAAAUUACAUGUGCUCCGCCAACCCUGUAGAGGAUGACAGAAAAAAGUGCACCGAAGAAUUGGCAAAGUUGAAGACAACCAGAUUUGGCAAUCAAUCCGUACUUGAUGUGUUUUCAAAAUACAAAGACCCUACAUUUGUAUUCAACGGUAAAAUGCGUGAAGCUAUAUACUACUCGUCUCAGUUUGAAAAAGAGUUCCCGGUAUACGUUGUGCUUUUGAGGGCAAUGUUUAAACAUGCUGAGAAGCGCGUUCCAUUAUUGAAUACGGCUCAAGGUGUUUUAAUCCAUGGACGCUUGCCCCACGAGAUUACGAGAAAAAUCAUGUCCUACUUGCCCAAUGAAGACAUUGUGACCGUAAUAGCUGCUUUAAAUCGCAAUUAAGAUUUGAUCGCAAAAAGAUUAUUUGCUAAGAUUCAGAGUUUUAUGUAUCCAGCUACGGAAGUCGGGUGGAUUGUGGCCACAGUGUUCCCACUCGACCGUGAAAAUCGUGAAUAGGUCGUGAAUUUAGUUCACCGUGCAAAACCCUAAAAUUUUAUGAAUCAACUAAAUGAACGAAAGUAAAUUAAUCGACAUGCGUCAUCGCCGUUACUCUGUCGUAAGGCACACGUGAGCAAGAUCGCGCAAUUAGUAACCCACUCAACAUGAAAUAAACUCUAAACUGUCUUGCCACACUUCUAUGUCGCCUUAAAUCACGAAACAGCGAAGAAUUAAAAAAAUCACUGAUGCCGUUUCAUCAAGAGACUAUUGCUGAAUGAGGUGGGGAAGCGGAACUUAAAUCGCAGUAGAAUGUCGAAACUUUCGUUGGUCGUGUGACUCGCGAUGUCGCUGCCACAGCCAACAGCUUUGAUUUGCGUUCCGUCGGCGUUUUGUGGCCUGUAUGUGUAAUCUCUAUAAAUCGCACUAGGACUGAUUACCGUGAUUUAUCUUGCGCAAUUCUUGCUCUUAUGAUGGGCCGAUUAAUAGUAAAAUCUCGUGAUAUCUCGGCAAAUUGUAUGCUAAUUACUUUACAAACCAUGUCGUUUGACACACGGCUCCUAGCUGCUUGUGUCGUAGCCAAGACCUAAAAUCAAUGCGUAGUUUUUAGAUGCAUCCGUCCAUUUUUGCAAAAAUCGUCGAUAUCAUUAGUGAGAUAAGGAAAAGAUUUAAAUGGUUUCACCAUUUCGCCGCGUCUGAGAAACAAAACACCUGAGUUGAAACACGAGAACCGGCAAAAGACGCCCAAGUGCCGAAGCCUAGGCCAGUGCAUGCGCUCGUUGCGCGUUUUGGCGCUAGAUAUUGAAAUCGGCUACUCUGAGUGGAAAAACCGCCUUUUCUAUUUUUAUUCGUAAUGUUUACCUUAAAAUCCGUGAAGGAUCCGUGAAUGAUUAAGAUUGAGUGGGAACGCUGGGUCAUUUGCAAGUAUUUUAUUUUGUACCUAGGUUUUAAUUAAUGUAUUAAGUGUCAGAUUUUCAUGUUGAAUUAUGCAAGUAAACAUUGUUUAUAUUGAACCCUGAAAUCGUUGACCGACCCUUAUAGUGUCGAUUCCUACUUUACAGGUAAAAGAAUUAUUACCAGUCAAAAACCUUUAAAUUGUACAUCAACUGAAUGCCUAUGAGUUGUUUUCAAUGUUUGGUGGUUUUUUUAUUUCUCUUAAUCUUGUUUCUAGUAGCAAUCUGUGUGGUUUACCCAGGUUUAAUUUGUUUUUAGUCUCUGUGGAUUUUAAAUUGUUCUUUGUAAACAAAUCAUGUUGUUCUGUGUUCAGUAGUUUUUUUAUUAAAAUUGUGCAAAGUUUUAUCAUACACUGUUGAUUAUACUAUUUCAGAAUGGAUUAUUUUUUGUCAAAUGAUAUUCGUAACAUUCCAAUGGAAUCUGAUGUGACUGGCUUUGUUAAGUCAGAAGUAAUAGUUGUAUGUCAUUUGUUAAUUUUGAAGUGAAAAACUGACUUGUACACUGUUCUACAUCUGCCAUCUUUUUAAAAAAAGGUUGAAAAAACUUUAAUUUGCACGAAAGUCUAUUUUAUUAUGGAAGUUUUAUUUAGUUGUUUGGCAACUGAAAUCUGGUAACAUUUUGCCACUUUGGGCUUUUCUCUGUAAACAGAAAAAUUAAUAGUUUGUGAACUCUAACACUAUAUCUGUUUGCAUUUACAACAAAAUUUCCCACAAUCUGGCUGUUUAUAUACUUUUGAAUCAUCAUUUUGUUAUACAUUUUGUUAUAAUGUGGUUACUUGUUUUAAUAUAUUUUCCACAUGUAAAGUAGUAAAUAUAUUAUUAUAUGCUGUCAAAAAAAUAUAUUUUUUUCAAGUUUUACUCCAUAAUUGUGCAGUUUUAUCCUUUAUAUAAAACACUGCAUACAUGUACUAAAUACAAGACUGUUAUGAAAUAUAUAAAUAGACGAUGUAAAACCUACAAAAAUAAGAGCAUACUCUAGAAUAUCUUAUAGAAAUUUCCAGGGUUAUUUGAAAACAGUGUUGUAACAGCCUUACCAAGAGCUAGGCAGUUUAUUUUAUCUACAUAUAUAUGUGUUUGCUCUUCCACUUGAUUUAGCGCGCAUUUAUUUCCAUUAAAUUAAGGUAACCUAUGUGUGUGUGUUAUCUUUGUGUGUGAGAAAUUUUUAUAUUUAUAUACUAGUAGCCUACAAGCCCAAAUGAGCAUAUCUAAAUGGCCGUGUUGUAUAUUAUCGGACCUUGUUAUAAAAGAAACGACGUUAACUCCAAGAUGACUUUUUAUAUCCACAGAAUUUCGAGAUAAAGUUUGUAACUUUAUUUUUUAAAUUAAUUUUUAGACAAGUAUAUACUAAAAAACUUAAAUGAAUAAAAUAAAUUAAGUCAAAUAAAAUUGUUUAUUGUCAGAACACAUAGUAUAACAAUUUAGUGGUGGUUGUUAUCUUUAGCAAUAAAUCACGAAAAUGAAAAAUACUGUGUUCAGUAUAUGUGUUUUCAUGAUUUAAACCGUAUCAAAAACAUCCCUGAAUUAAAUUACAAUAUUGGAGGAUUCUCUGUCUCCUCAGAAUACUCCACUUCCAAAAUGUUGAGUGUAUAAAUUUAAAAACCAGUGAAUUGAUGAGUCUGCAAAAUAUGAAUAACAUUUCAUGAUAUUCAAAACUAUGAUAUGUUCUGGGAUAUCCAGUAGUUCAGUUUCUAAGGCCAAUGGAGCUCAGAGGCCCCUUAUAAUCACAACUGUUUCCAACUUAUUUAGUAGUUGUUUUUUUUUUUUUUUUUUUUUUUUUUUUUUUUUUUUUUUUUUUUUUUUUUUUUCUCAGAAGUUCUUUUUCACACUAUGAACUUUGCGUUAGAGAGCAAAACAAUUUCUUAUAGGUAUCUGGUAAUUAUGCAUUCAUGAUUCCAUGGCAGUGGUUUAAGAUUCUGAGAACUGAAUAACUGUUGCUAUUGCUACACUAUGCUAUAAUAUACUGUCUGUUUACUUCUGAGAUCAAAGUUGAACGUGCUGUGAAACUAUAAAUAGUUGCAUUGCUAAACACACACCAGAGCACCCUUAGAUAUUCCAUUACAGAAUGAAAUUAUUAGGGAGAUUCAUUCGGAUUAAAGAUUAAGAGAAGACAAAGGAAAACAUACAGGAAUUUGAAAGCAUUUGAGGAAAAAUCAGAGGCUUCCUAAAAAAGAAGAGCAAAUAGAUAAAGCAACAUUUUAGGGUCAUUAUAGACAAACUUGUAUAAACAUAUUUUAAAUUUUUUAAUAAUUAACGGGUCGACAUAAUGAAGAAAUGGUUGGGACCAGAAAUCAAUUUUAAGACUGCUUUAGAUAUAGUUUUGUUUUUGACUCACUAUUAUUAUUAUUAUUAUUUUAAUUAUGUCUGUGUAUGUUUUAAAUACAUUUUAUGUACACAAUAAUUUUGUUAUCUUUUGUAAGAUUAUUUUAUUUCUUUCUACUGUAGAAAAACUAAGUAUUGUCCUUACUAAAACAACAUUUAAUCAAUUCAAACAAUAGUUUGAUGUUAUUUGAAAAUAUUAAUUACAAUUCUGGAUUAUUGAAAUCAUUAAAACCAUUUUUCAAAAAACUAUAGUGUCCAGAACAAUUUAAAUUUUGUAACAAUUAAAACAGUUUGAUGAAUAAAUGGUUGGCACCAGCAACCAAUUUUAAUAUUGCUUUAAGUAUGGUUUUGUUGUAUGAUUUUCACUAUUAUUAUUAUUGAUCUUUGAAUUAUGUCUGUGUGUAUUUGGAAACAUUUUAAUGUACACAAUAAAUUUGUUACUUUCA